AAAACCCUAUUCUUCUGUUGUUCCCUCUACUCCUCCUCCCCCGCUCUAUUUAUCGCCCUUCUCUGGAGCAUCUCUUCUUCCUUCUUUCGGCGCUUGAUUUCAGUCGCAGCCGCAAAGCUCUCUAUAAGAAGUGCCGGAAGGUAUAGGUAGAGAUGGGAGUUAAAGCAAAGAAGGCUCAAAUGAAGAUGGUGAAGAAGGGUUCAUUGCAAUUGGCCGCUUCUGUAACUUCCAGGGACGAGGCUCCCGAUUUUGUGCCGUUGGAAGGUGGACCAGCAAAGAAGUUUCCCAUCACUAAACCAAAAGACACUAGAGCAACAGUUUUGUAUAUCGGAAGAAUUCCACAUGGAUUCUAUGAAAAUGAAAUGGAAGGAUUUUUUAAGCAAUUUGGGGAUAUUAAGAGGCUUAGAAUUGCUAGGAAUAGGAAGACGGGAAAAUCCAAACAUUAUGGUUUCAUAGAAUUUGAGUCACCAGAGGUUGCAAAAAUUGUGGCAGAAACGAUGCAUAAUUAUCUUUUGUUUGAGCAUGUGCUGCAAGUGCGUAUUGUUCCUCCUGAGCGUGUUCAUCCAAAAUUAUGGAAGCAUGCUAACCGCAGGUACAUACGUUUGGAUUGGGUCAACAUUGAAAGAAAGAAUCACAACAAGGAACGAACUCUGGAAGAACACAAGAAAUUGGUUGAAGGAAUAAAGAAGCGGGAUCGCAAGAGGCUUAAAAAGAUUGAGGCUGCUGGUAUAGAUUAUGAAUGCCCAGAAUUUGUUGGUAACAUUGAGACGGCUCCAAAGAAGAUUAAGUUUAACACAGAUUAAGUCCUCUGGUGAUUAUAAUUAUGAUUUCCUAUUUCAUGAAGAUAUUACCACAACAUGAGCUAUUCUUGAAGUCGUUGAAGAUGAGUUCAGGAAGGAUGCUAUCACUUUAUCGCGCAGAGUAUAGCCAGCUUAAAUCAUGGCAUCUAUGAACCUGUUUGAGUGUUUCUAUGUAUGUCGUCGCGUGUUCUAAUUGCACGUUUGCUGAGGCUGUUCUUGUUUUUGUAACAGUAUAAAACUGACAAUCUUUCAAUAUUCAGGUGAACAAGGUGUACCAGUUUACCUGGUAUCCGGUUCCUCGCCGUCUUGUCUCUUAAAACUAUUAAUUUUAAUCUUUAUAGCUAAAAAUUAAAGUUAAUUUUUUUUACAUGUGGUUUCAAAUUACUUGCAA